UCUCUCUCUCAGAAGGCGUGGUUCUUCAUGAAUGUCAGUGACACCAUUUGUAGGUAACAGACUCGCAUUCUCCACGGUUUAGGUUUAGCAGCAACGUGAGCCAUGUCUUUCUUCUUUAAAGGAGCGGUUACAAGUUCUCCGGUUAAGACCAGGAGGCAGGAGGCUGAAUAUAUUUGUCACAGUCUUGACGCUUCCCACUUCUCUGACUCCUCCUUCGAGUGUUUCUCCACCAAUCCGCUGACAGGCUCUGUGUGCGUGUGCCGCCGAAGCCCCCGUCUACUGGCCAAUGGUUACUAUGUGCUGACAGAGGACAGUUUCACCACAGAUGACGAGGGUAACGUCACCCUGACUCCCUCACACACCAGCGUCUCAUACAAAGAGAAUCUUGUCCGAAUAUUCAGACGAAAGCGCCGAGCAAAAAGAUCACUGGCCAGCCUUUUUAGUGACAUGAGCCAAUCAUGCCAAUCCUGGUUUGAAGGAAGUGUAUUUAGGAGAUCUGACCCCGUCACUCCCCUCCAGUCAUCAUCAUGGGAGGACAACAGCUAUGAGAUAAGCACACCCAUCAGCUUCGCCUACGAUCCCACAGAUCCUGUUUCCUCCCCUGAUAAAAUGCCUUCUCAGACUCAGCUAGAAGAGGAGGAGCUUCCAUGUGAGUCAUGCUCCGCCCACGAACAAUUCAACCAAUCGGUGAGCGGCCUCCUGGAUGUCCCUCCUCCAUCCAUGUGUCACAUUAAUAGUUAUAGCUCAUCCAGCAAGACGUCAGAAACUGUUUUCUUGAAAGUUCUCCUUCUCAUCCUAACUUUGUGCCUCUGCAUUGCCAUCUCCUCUGGGUGGCUGCUGGGAGGUGUUUCUGCAGCAGUGGCGUUCAUGGUUCUGCUUUCAUCUAUAUGUAUGUCUAAACCUGGAACUGCAGUGCGUUGGAGGAGAGCAAAGACUGAGGAUAUCACCUCCAGGAACGAGUGAGGAGCAAACACACUCACACGCACAGAACUGUGUGAAGCCGUGUCCUGAGGAAGUGAGUGUGCGUGGACACAUCCUGCAUCAGCGUUAGAAAUGAGUUAUUGAUUAUUUUUGUAGCGGUGUUUUCACUGAUCAGCUAAAGAGUUCUGAAUAUAAUAAUCACUGAAGGAGAGUGACAGAACCAGUGAUGGCAGAUGACUGUCACAUUAAAUUUUACAUGCUUAAAAUUGGCAUGCAUUUGUUUAUAGACAUAUAAAUGAAGAAUGAUAACUCAGUAAAUGUUUGAGGAUUUGAUGUUCCUAAACGAAAGACAGGAUUGCAUUAUGAGGGAUUCUUUGAGUCAGUGGAGAUGCCCUGCGUGACAGAGCAUAGAAGUGAAAUGUGUCAGUGGUGUGCGUGAAUGCAUCAGCUUGGCUUGGUUAGGCUCUUCAACAUGGUGACCAGCUUGUCUUGUCAGAUUAUCAGAUUCUAAAAAAUAUUUAAUAUUUAAUAUAAUGUUAUAAUGACUUUGAAGGAUAUCUUUACCUUUUGAGAAGUUGUAGCAGAAGAAGUGCCACUUUAGCUUUGCACAGAUGCCUCAUAUUUGUCAAGUGCCUUUGCUGUACGAAACAGGAAGAGUGUUAUUGCCGUUUGCCUGGGUUAAAAUCGCGUGCUGUGUGAUUUAAGAGGGCUGAAAUUUCAGGCAAAAAGUGCUGCUAAAAAGUGCCACAAUAAUUAGAUUUAUUAUAAAAGCAGUGCACUUAAAAUAGUAUUUUAAUUAGCCCUGUUUACAGGGAAUUAGUGCUGCCAAAGGAGAACAUGUUCUCGAUUUACUGUAUAGUAAGUGUAUCUUUUUGUCAUGUUCACGCAACUGCAAUAUUUUUAUUAGGAUGAUAUUUUUAUCAUUAUUAGUCCAAUGUUGUAGGAGGCAGCUCAGUUAUGAAGUGCAAAGACAUUCAUGAGGAAACAAAAGCAAAGCAACGAUAAAAUAUUUUUUUUAAAAAUAGGAGCGUUUCAAUUUUAGAGGUUUAAGCCUAAAAAUCUGAAAUCGAACAUGUUUGAGACCAAGCCAAGGUGAAUAAGUGAACUAUCAUUUAUCUUAGCCAGUAUAAAUCUAAUGUGUUUAUAUGAAGUGUAUUGUCUUCAGUGUUUAUUGUAAAUGUUUUUGUAGUGUCCACGAGCAAUGAAACAAGAAUGAAUAUUGCUCUUUAAAAAGUCAAUAUUUAAGUGUUGCGUAGAAAAUGUAUUAUUAUGAGGGGCCAAGCACAGAAAGUUGAAAGGUCAGGAUGCUGAAAGCAUUGAAGCUGUUUCUCAGCAAUACUGUAUGUGACUUUGAUAUUAAAGGGCUGUCGAAGCCACCUAUCGGGCAAAAGUUAUAAGUAAUUCUAUUUAUGGACAGUAAAGUGCUUGACCUUAAAGUCCUAUCAGGAAUGCUAUGUCCAAUCAGAUUUACAAAACGAGUUUUUGUUGCUGUGCCUGGUCCUAUAAUCGCUGCUUGCAGCUAUAUUUAUAAUAAUUAAUAUUGUUAAUACAAUCAGUAAGAUGAGGGAUAUAAGCAAUUAGUCCAUUGUACCCCAUUAGAAAUGGGAUAAAAAUAAUUGAUUGGACCAAAUUUCAAUACCAAAGCGUGUUGUAAAAUUAAGAUCUUCCAUUUCAGGACUCAUAAUGUGUUCACUGAUUAGUAAUCUGUUAACAAAUUCAGUGUGUAUUAAUAUAGAAAAUAUUCCCCUGCAGUUGAGCUUUGAUGACUGCGGUGAACCUGUAACUGCAUUUAACAAUCUGUGUCACAAGAGAGCUAAAGACUAGCUCCAAAUUGUAAAAACCUUAAAAAGUUAUUAUCUAUUAUUGUACUGCAUGUGAAAGUAAAAUGUGAAAUUGUUGUGGUUCUUGUAUACAUUGUAAAAUAUAAUCUUUAGAGGAAAUGCAUUUAUGUAAUUUGCACAACCCUAAUUUGCCACGUUAGAACAUAUUAAAAGUAUGAGUCGAUAGGCCUUAAAGCAGAUGUGUUUUUAUAAGGUUAAUAGUUUUACAGUGUAUUUUGAAAAAAAAAACAACAACAAUAUUGUCCAUUUUCAACAAUAAAGUUUUAAACAUCAA